AUCAGCGUCCUAAAGGCCUGAAAACCGACAGCCACGCCUCCAUGUGUCACAUGUCGUUUCAAAACAGGAAGUCGAAACCAGAGUGAAAUGUUUAGCUCGUGAUGUUUGGUCUCUUUGCCUAUUCAGCUUGGAUUUUUCGGACUUUUAUAGAAAGAACUUUACUAAUAUAAGAGAGUAAACUACUUGUUGGGUUUUAUUGCACAGUUAGAUGUUAUGCUAAAUCGGCUGCCUUUAAAAUCUUCAUUCAUGCGAUAAAAGGAAACGAGGCUCGAUGAGUAUCCGGGCGCUGUGGGUUCUCACCCACGAGAAGGGUGAAUCUGUAAAAGUGCAGUUUUCCAGGCGAUAUCCCUCGGUGGAGUUUCGUGCUAAAACCUUUGCUGGAGCUCACCAUGUGUCUGUUCCUGAGGAUUGUCAAAUAGCCCACCUCCUACUGAGUGAACUGGGCCUGGCAGACCCUGACAAGCCCUACAUUGCUGCAAGGGAUGACUGUUCCCAUCAGCAGCGAUCUCCUGCACUGGAGCUCCGUGUUGGUAGCUCAGGCGAGAGGACACUAUGGCCGGUCCUAACCAUCGUCCAGGGUGGACUAAUCCUUGCCUGUGUCCCGCUGACGGAAGUCCCACCUGAUCCUCGUCCCUCCCUUCCCAGCCUAGCUUCUGUGUCCCAGGGCUUAGCCCUGUUAUCUAGCCUACAGGGCUUUCUUUGUGGCACAGGGGGAAAAACACCAGAGCCGGAUGUGCUUGUCUCUCGCUUGGCUACCCUUCCGUCAGUACUGAUGCAGAUUUGUCCGUUAGGGACCCCCCUGGACACUCUUCCUCAGUCUGGGAUGCUGUCGGCAGCUCUGGCUCCUGGCCCUGGUGGUGCUCAGAAACAGCCUGCAUGGAAAACAGGAGUUCAUCGAGGAAGAGCGGUGGUUAGCGUGGCCCUCACAGAGAUGGUGAAAUCCAUGCAGUAUGGAAACCAGAGUAAACAGGAUCUGUGGGAUGUGCACGGGACAGUAACAUGCAAAUGCGAAGUGGAGGGUGUUCUGCCCAAUGUCACGGUCACCCUUACCCUGCCACCCAAUGGUUCACCCCUGCAGGACAUCCUAGUGCACCCCUGUGUGACAUCAUUAGAUUCCAGUAUUCUUACAGCUAGCAGUGUGGAGGGGAACGAUGGCUCGGCCUUUUCAGGGCCAUACAAAUUUCCUUUCUCUCCACCUUUGGAGCCUUUCCGACUUUGUAGUUAUACCUCCCAGGUACCUGUGCCACCUAUACUUGGUUCCUACCAUCUCAAGUCACAGGACAACCAUCUCAAGCUCAGCGUAGUCCUUAAACUUCACGAGAGUGUCAGAAACAGCUUUGAAUUCUGUGAAGCACAUCUUCCAUUUUUCAACAGAAACCUAAUGGGAAACGUGGAUAUAAAAGUGACCUCAGGACAGUUAGAGGUUUCUAAAGAGAAGAAUCUGCUUGUUUGGUUUCUUGGUCAGAAAUUUCCAAAGUCACGAGAGGUAUCUCUGGAAGGUGCGAUUCAUUUCUCAGGGCAUCUUGCUGGACCAUCAGACCCUAUGUGUACAGAUCUCACUGCAUAUGUGAAACUUUACUUCCGGGUACCUGAUUUGACUUUAUCUGGAUGCUGUGUGGACCAGCACUCUGUACAAGUGUACUCCUCAGCAAAGCCACGGAUCAUCACAACACGAGAGCUGGUGUCCUCUGAAUACUACAUCUGGAACUCCACUGGAGACGCCCCUGUGUGUUCUGGACCCGUGAUACUGUAGCAAAGCGAUUACUUACAGCAUAGAGACCUUAAUAGCUGAUAUAAACACAGGGUCGUUCAAAAUAGGAGAACAAUUUAUAAACGCUUUUGAAAUAUUGUUAAUAUUCAUUGCAAAUUUGAAGGAAUAUUAGCUGUACUUAUAUCACUGCUCUGCUCACAUGUUUUACAAAAUUACCAAGGCACUUUAUUUUGUUGAAAACACUGUGAUCAAAAUUAGAGAAUGGUUUGUAGCACAAAAGAAGAUUACUAAAAUAGAUAACUCACAUUUUUAAAGGUUAUAGCUGUAGAAUAUAAUAUAUAAAAGUGUAUAGGCCCUUGCUUUGAAUGGCAUCAGCACAUCUUCUUCCAGUCUCUUCCACAGUUCAGUAACUGUAUUGGUUUCUUAGCCAGUACUUUGUUCCAGGGAUGUUGUUUCCAGAGAUUUUCAGACAGGUUUAGUGCCUUGGUUAUUUUGAAAACAUGCUAGUAGAACAGUGGUAUCUCCAGCUAAUACAGUUAAUAUUCCUUAAAAUGUUGAGUGAUGAUCAGCAAUAUCUCAGGAUAAAAUAAAUCAAGUGUUUUAUGAAUGUUUCUCUAAUAUUGCCCACCACUGUAUAUACUUUUACCUGAAUUAGCCCACAGGACAAAAGAGUGUCAGCAAAUAGUCAGUGAAUUAAAGUGUUGAAGCUGCUUCUUAUAGGAGCUCUAAGUGUGAGAGAUGUGCAGGUAGAGGCAUUCUACCUAGGGCGAGUCAACCUUCUGCAGGUAUUUGUUCCAAAUUAUCCCAGAUAGACAUGCCAACCCUCUCAAACUGGACACAUUAGGUGCCUUCUUUGUUUACAGAUUAAGUUCUUUGGAUUUUUCUUUUUCUCAGAGUAAAAAUUGUGCAAUAAGUGAAAAUGAUAAUAAGGUACAUUGACUGAAGUAAAAUCUAACU